GUGAGUGCGCGGGCAGGUAGCGCGGGCGCUGGGUGCGUGGCUUUGAAACGGUCUGCGGCGUUGCCAUGGGUUUCAGUGGCGCCCUGACUCCGGCGGGACAAGGCAGGAUGAGAGGCUGCAGCAAGGCCGCAGUACUAUAAAUUUGUGAUGAUGUCUUCAUGUCUCUACGAAUGCCUGUGUGAAGCAAGACUGGAACAGUAUUACACUAAUUUUACUGCAAUGGGUUUUUUGAAGUCUCAGGAGCUGGCUAAACUAACCAUAAAUGAUUAUUCUCUGCUCGGGAUUCACAACCUGCAGGAUCAAAAACGUUUGUUCCAGCUCAUUCAAAUCAUUAAAGCUGUACAGGAAGAUGAGCGUGAUCAUAUUGCAAAUAUGGAACACACUCAAGCAGGCUCUCUUAACUUUUGUGUGGAGAAGGUUAAGCCUGGUCCUCGACGACAUUUGGAUUUUGAUUCCUCGACUGGUAUCUGUGGGGCUCCUAGCUCCAGCAGUAAUCCAAAGUUAUCAUCCACUGCCAAUCAGUGUCAGUGUACAGCUUCUAGAUUAUUGAAAACCCCUUCACCUCCUGACCAACUAUCUGCCAGAUCAGAUCUAAAGGAAACACAAUUGCUUCCUGAGGGAGGAGCAAAGGAUUGUAGCAAGAAUGAGAUCCAGAACACACACAUGAUUUUGCACAAUUCAGGAUAUAAUUAUGGACUGCCUCGUGCUGCCAUAAGGCAUAUCAAUCCUGCGAAGGAACAGACUUGGACUGAGACUGAGAAAAUCCACGUGUGUGUAAGAAAGCGACCACUGGGAGUACGAGAAGUGCGACGUGGUGAAGUUGAUGUGGCAAAAGUAGAAGAAGGAAAGUCUGUCCUUGUUUGUGAAAAUAAGGAAGCAGUUGAUUUGACACAUUAUCUCCAACAACAUGUUUUUUAUUUUGAUGAAGUAUUUGAGGAGGCUAGUACCAAUCAUGAUGUGUACGUGAAGACUGCUUAUCCCCUCAUCCAGCAUGUUUUCAGUGGUGGAAAGGCAACUUGUUUUGCAUAUGGACAGACUGGAGCUGGAAAAACUCAUACCAUGAUUGGAACUUGUCAAAAUCCAGGCUUGUAUGCACUUGCUGCUGAGGAUAUCUUUGUGCAUCUUCACACAUCAGAAGCAGCCACAGCACUUUUCAUCUGGAUAAGCUUCUAUGAGAUAUAUUGUGGCCAACUGUAUGACCUGCUCAAUGGUCGCAAAAGACUAUUUGCUAGAGAAGAUGGCAACCAUGAAGUGCAAAUUGUGGGGUUGCGUGAAAUUUGUGUUGACGAUGUUAAGUCUUUAUUAGAGGUCAUUUCUUGGGGCAGUAAAGCAAGGAGCACAGGGGCUUCUGGGAUCAAUACAGAUUCCUCACGUUCACAUGCUAUUAUUCAAAUCCAACUUAAGGAUCCAGCUGAAGCAAUUGUUGGGAGGAUUUCUUUCAUUGAUCUCGCUGGGAGUGAGAGGGCUGCUGAUGCCAAAGAUUCCGACAAGCAAGCUAAAUUAGAAGGAGCAGAAAUAAAUCAGAGUUUGUUGGCCCUUAAAGAAUGUAUUCGUGCUCUUGACCAGGAACAGGCUCACACACCGUUCAGACAAAGCAAGCUUACACUGGUAUUGAAAGACUCUUUUAUUGGGAAUUCCAAGACCUGUAUGAUUGCUAAUAUUUCACCUAGCCACGUGGCCACAGAACACACGCUGAAUACCUUGCGCUAUGCAGACCGGGUAAAAGAAAUAAAGCGAGGAGCCAAAGCAUCCAGCACAAUCUUUUCUAGAUGUCAUGGAGGUAGAAGUCCAUCCCCAAAACAGACCAAAACAUGGGGAGACAAAUCUAUACCAAAGAAAAUGAAGACCAAAAUUGACCAAUACUCCAAUCAAAAUGCAGCUCUGCAUAAAUUAUCAUCAGCAGCUUUGUGUCCACCUGACUUUCUUCCCUCUUGCAGCCCAAAAAUAGUUGAUAAAGAUGUCCUUUCCCCAGCUUCCUCAAAGACCACAUGCCAAACUCGUUCUAUUCCCCUGAAGGGCAUAUUCAAGAAAAAUUCCAGAGAUUUCAGCAAAAACACAAAGCAUGAAAAGCUGACUGAGAAGACCAUUAUUACAAAAGAGGUUUUUCUGAAUAACUCCAAAUCUGCUGCAUCCAGAAGAAUGCAAUGUGGCCAAAGGAAUUCUCCUGGUACAACGAGAAAUGUGAAAGUUCAAACAGUUCAUCCUAUUCAAAAAGAAGUCAUUCCCAGAAAUGAACUAUAUUUUAUUGGACAGAUAAAAAAUGACUCGCCCAAUAAAGCAAAUAAUGCAAACAUAUUUGAAAAUGAACAUCAAAAGAGUCCUAAGUCAUUAAAAAACAAUUUUUUUGUGCAAAAGGAACGGGAAAACCACUUGCGCCUUUAUCAUCAGCAGCUCCAACAGCUUCAGCAGCCACCAUUAUUGCAGAAGAAACUAAGUUAUCAACCCAUGAAGGAGCUCCUCAGUCAAUUUUAUCAACCUCAAGUUGAAAUAAGCAAUGAGAAUAAUGAAUGCAUUCCCUCACUGCAUUCCACUGUCAAAACAUCAGAGGUUCAGAUUGAAUGCGGCAGUAGUAGUUCUACAUACUCCAACUGCCAAAGCAUGAUUGAUAGACAGAAUCAAACCUGUAAUCAAGAUUCCUUGUUUGAAAUAGAAAGAGAGGAAGGAAAGAAUGGACGAAACAAUGUACAUGUUUUCCCCUUUUCUCAAGAUCAAAACUGUUACCCAAGGAUAGAAGACCACAGUAUAUGUGCUUCACAAAGGACGACAGGAGAGGAGUGUGCAGUUCACUGUUCAUCAGGAGGGAACUUCACUGAAAUGUUGCAUUCUCCAAAUAAUAUUGAUUGUUGUCAAAUGAAGCCAAGAUACUUACCGUUCGAUUCUAAAAACAGUUUGCAGAAUGUAAACAAAGACAAUUUUUCAAUUGAAAAUCAAGAUGAUACCUGUCCCAUGUCAAACAUUUCUCAAAUGGACAGUAGUUUUACUGUUGCUACAGAUUUGAAUAGUGUGAAAACUGGAGCUGGCACUUUGUGUCACCCGAGAAAAAAAACGUGUUUCCAUUUGAAUUCAAUAAUAAAUGUAGGGAAAGACAAGCAAAUGUGCUGUACUACCAAUAAUAGAAUUCCAUCUAAUGACUAUAUUUCUACAGAUUUAACAAAUGCUUCUGACGACCUUUCUGUGGAGAGGCCACUGUGUCGAGAUGCACGAGCUGGAGCUUGUGGAUGGACAAUCUCAUGUAACCAGCCCUCUGUUGAAAUGGAGGUAUCACCAAGUGGUUCUGAUGUUUUAUCAUCACAGACCAAUCAGUUUGAAAAGUGGGUGAAACUAUCACCUGACUAUCUUGCUAGAAAUCAGAAAGUGUCAUCAGAUAUUUUACUCAACUUGAAAAACACUAUUCAUGAAGCACACCUUAUUUUGAAAGAUGAAAUUGAAAUGGAGAUAGCUGCAAAAGAUGAAAUUGACCAUUGUUCAAAUGUUUGCCAUGUAGAGACUGCUUAUAAAGAUGAGAAUAUUUUGACAACCAGUGUACCUGAUUUGUCAACUAAUGAUUGUACAUGCUCUCUAAUUCCACCAAAGCAUGACUUGAGGCAGGGAGAAUUGUGUGAUGCCGUACUAAGUAGAAAUCUCUCUGAAGACAACAGCCAAACAAGUGAAUGCCACAAUUAUAAACAAAUACCGAAAGGCUCUAAAAGUGAACCUGAUGAUAUGGAUACUGCAGAAAACGUAAUCAAUUCUUCAAUUGUACACUCACAUCAUCAUAUAGCUUCCGUUAUUGAAGAUGAACCCGCAGCAGAUAAAUAUUUUUCAGAUGCUGGAAACCAGAGCUCUACAUGUCCAUAUCUUAAUCAAGCGAGCAGGCAGGAAGGCAUUUCUACUCCUGUAAUUACACACAACAAAACAACAGAACCGAUUUGCAGCUCUGAGAUUAAAGAAUCACAGCAAGAAACACAAGAUUUGGUGGCUGGAGGCUGUACUGAAACAGUGCCAAAUAACCACCAUGAAGAAGAAUGCUGUCAGUCUUGUGGCAAGUCGCUUAAUAAGGAUUUGAUCAACAUAAUUGGAGAAAAAUUACAAGAAAAUACUUCAGUUCCAUUUAAUCAUUUACAUGCGGAGAACAAUUCAAUUCCCACGGAAGUGUGUGUCUGCCACAAUAAAAACAAUAAGGAAGCAUGUGGACUUCAGGCAGAUGGUAACCAAUCUAAACAUUUAUCUGCCCACCACCUUGAGGAGAUGGAGAAAACAAAGAAACUUGUUGUCCAAGCCCACUGUGAGCAACUAGAAGACAUGUUAGCUCUUUUUGAAAAGGAAGAAUAUUUGCUCAAGAAAUUAACAAUUUUGGACUUCAAGGAUUAUGUAACGCAACUAGAAAAGAUCCUGAUGCUAAAAGCUGAAAGCAUCCAGCACUUGCAAGGCGAGAUCCAUAAGUAUCAAAUUCAUCCUGGAACAAUGGGACAAUUUAAUAAUCCUGAAUCUUAGCUUCAGUGUAAAUUAUAGUGGAAGAGCAAGAGAUGAACAGAGAAUGCAUUUGACCCUUCUAUAAUUUUCAGAGUGACUGUCUUAUUUAAAUGCAACAAACAAAAAUAAAUCUUUACAUAUCUUUGUGAUCUAAUUGUAAACUUUUUUAUCUCGGUAUGGUCAAAUAUAAAUUGAAGAUUGCAUUUUCCCUCUUGUUGCUUUUCUCUGGAUCCUAUCUAAAUGCUCAAUCAUUUACCAACAUUUUUUUUUUGUGGAGGAAGUUUAUGGCAGAUUUCACGAUCAUUGGAUAACAAACAAUGUGCAUUUAAAAGCGUUUCUGGGCAACAAUAAACAAACCAAUAGAUUAGGCUCAAGAGAACAUAAUCCAGCCUUGGGAGCCUGUUAUGCUGUUGAGACCAUGGAUGAAUACCAUGGAAGUAUAUACUAUCUCAGAUAUUCACAGUCAGACCAUACUUGGACAUGAUGUCCAAUUCUUGUAUAAUUACUUGUAUAAUUCAAGUAAUGAAAAGGACUUAAUUGCCAUUAUAUAAUUAGGUAAAUUAAAACUUGUUAAUCCAGUAAGAAAAAUUAUGCAAUUAUCGUAUAGCCUGAUACAACACGGAAAAGCGGGCAAUUGGAACUAGCUUAGAUGGGACACCUUGUCUGCAUUGACAAGUUGGGCUGAAAGGACUGUUACUGUGCUAUAUGACUUUAUGACUCUUAUUUGCCACCCUCUAGUUUCCAUCACCUCACCCGUGUCUAACAAUGCUUCAUAUAUCUCAGUCCGGACUCCUGCAAUGCCUUCCCCAACUUCCCAAAGUGUCCUUGGUUAUAUCUGAUCACGCCCGGGAGAUUUAUCUGCCCUCAUACAUCUCAGGAAGUCCAGCACCUUAUGCAUCCCUGAUGCAUCUGUAAGGAUUACAUUCUUUGACUUCUCAAGCGCCUUUAACACAAUUCAGCCCCGACUGCUAGGGGAGAAGAUGGAGAAGAUGAAGGUGGAUCCAUUACUAGUACUGUGGUGUUUGGAUUACCUUUUCCUCAGACCACAGUACGUGCGCCUACAGAACAAUGUCUCAAGCACCAUCCUGAGCAGCACAGGGGCUCCACAAGGAACUGUGCUGGCUCCAUUCCUGUUCACCAUCUACACAGCGGAUUUCCAAUACAACACCAACAGCUGCUUUUUGCAGAAAUUUUCAGAUGACACAGCUGUUGUCGGCCUCAUCAAAGGGGGCAAUGAGGAGGAGUAUAGAGAUACAAUAAACAACUUUGUGGAGUGGAGUGCACACAAUAACCUCCAUCUCAACACCACAAAAACGAAGGAGAUAGUUGUGGAUUUCAGGAGGGGGAGGAGGAGGACUCAACCAACACCAAUCACCAUCAGGGGCACUGAGGUGGAGGUGGUCGCCAACCACAGGUACCUUGGUGUGCAGCUUGACAGUGAGCUGGACUGGAAGAGUCAUAUGGAGGCGGUGUACAGGAAGGGACAAAGUCGACUGUAUUUCUUAAGGAGGCUAAGGUCAUUCAACAUCUGCCAACCCCUACUGUGCAGUGUCUACCAUUCAGUGGUGGCCAGUGCUCUGUUUUUUGCUGUGGCCUGUUGGGGAGAAGG